ACUCAGACGUUGUGGGCUCUGUACAGAGCUGUACCGACUUCUUUCAACAAGAUCCUCCAUCAACCCUCAACCCGCAUACCACGAGAUCCGAGGUUGCGAUCACCAGCGAUUUCUUUUCACUCUUUCGAGGAAAGGCACAUUGCGACCACCGAUCACUUCCAUAUCCUCGGUUAUCUUCGGUCUUGAGCGACAACAAUGAAGGCUACAACCAUUCUCCAGCUCCUCGGCCUUGGUCUGAGCGCCCAACCGACUCUCGCUGUUCCGAUCAAUCCGCCCGCCACGGCCCCGGACCUCACAUCCCGGGAGCUGGCCGCCGGGAUUCAGCAAGAACCCCAGCAGGAGUCCUUCCUCAACUGCAGCGGUGGCUACACCACCUGGUGCAUCCAGAUGGGAACCUACUGUGACGGUGAUACUCAUCCCUACUCCUACAACGCAUGGUGCGCGCUCAACUGCGAGUGUUACUACUACCAAGGCUGCUGCACUGUCACCGGCUUUCAUGGCAAGGAUGGGGAGGGCGAGGCUGCCUCGAAGGACGACGCUCCAUCGAAACUUGACGUUGCCCUGCACGGCACCGGAAACACCGAGACCGCUGGCGCUGAGAAGGUCGGGACGACUCAGGUGGCCGAGGCUGCUGAUGCCGCGCCGAUCGAUGCGCACGCCACGCCCCCGGACCUCACCUCCCGGAACGUGGCCACCGAGAAAGUCUUCGACAUCGAGUGCACCUCUGGCCUGACUGAGUAUUGCAGAAAGGCCGGCUCAUUCUGCACGGAUGGUGCCCAUCCCGCUUCCAAUGACCCGUUUUGUGAGCGCUACUGCGACUGCCUCUAUCCGCGGGAUUGUUUCGGAGACGGUCGGCUUGGAUUCUGCUGAGCCUGUCAGCCUGAGUGAUUGACGGCAUGGAUUGAGGCUGCUGUCACGGUACAGGUGGAGUGAUAUGCUGGGAAAUGGGACGGGUCUUGCUUUAAUAUUGGGCGUUGUCUUCAGGUACGGUGCGGAGGAAUCAGUGG